CUCGCCCAGGCCAUGCGGUUUAGCAUCAAGGAAAUCAACAACUCCAGCAGCCUCCUCCCGAACGUCACAUUGGGCUACGAAAUCUACGACACCUGCUCGCAGGUGGCCAACUUGUAUGCCACGCUGAGUCUUCUCUCUCAAGGCGUCGAGAGCUGUCACAGCCAUGGGCAUAUCCCCAUUGCGGACAACUACACAUGCUACCUGCCCAGAGCUGUGGCUGUAAUUGGACCUGAUACCAGCGAGUAUGCUCUGAUGACAGCCAGCCUGUUGGGCAUCUUUCUUAUGCCAGAGAUCAGCUAUGAAGCCACCAGUCCGAUGCUAAGCCAAAAGCGUACCCACCCCUCGUUUCUGCGCACCAUCCCCAGCGACCGCCUGCAAGUGGAGGCCUUGGUGCGCCUGCUGAAGGCUUUCCAAUGGACCUGGGUAGGGACACUGGGCAGUGACAAUACCUACGGGCGCCAGGGCCUACAGACAUUGCAUGAGGUGGCCACCAAAGAAGGUAUCUGCUUUGCCUAUCAAGGGAUCAUCCCCAUGGAAGCUGGCAACCCGGAACUGGUGGCAAACGUGCUGGCUGUGCAGGCUUCCAGUGCCAAGGUCGUCAUUGUUUUUGCCAACAAGCAAAGUGCCAUGAUUUUCUUCCAGGAGGUUGUGAGGCAGAACAUGACUGGGAAGGUGUGGCUAGGCACAGAGGACUGGUCAUUGUCCCAAGAAAUCUUGGGAAUUCAUGGCAUUCGUGGUAUCGGUACAGUGAUUGGGGUGACGAUUAUGGAGGCUCCGGGAACGUGGAAGUUUGAGGCUGUUUCCAAGUGUUCGGCGAAUCAGAGCUUAGAGGCUUCCUGUUACCAAGGUUGCAGGGAGACCUGCAGCCAGCUCUGUUCCCAGUUGCCUGUUCCAGCACUCCAGUGUUUAUUGACGCCAUCUCCAUACGACACCCACGCUGCUUUUAAUGUGCACUCUGCUGUGUAUGCUGUGGCACACAGCCUCCAUCGCUUACUGGAUUGCCAAACGGGUGUGUGCCGCAAGGAUACUGUCUAUCCCUGGCAGCUCCUGAGAGAAAUUAAAAGGGUGAACUUCAGCCUGCAUGGUAGGCAGAUCUACUUUGACAGCAAAGGGGACCCCCAGAUAGGCUACAACCUUGUCUCGUGGAAGUGGGCAGGACAGAAAUGGUCCUAUGACGUGAUUGGGUCACUCAGCAGGAAUCCAGACCACCUGACCAUCCGGAAAGACAAAGUGCAGUGGCACACCAGGGAUAGCCAGGUUCCUGUCUCGGUGUGUUCCCAAGAUUGUGCAGCAGGUGAGCAGAAGGUACAACAGGGGAUUCAUCCGUGCUGUUUCCAUUGCGUGGCCUGCUCCCCAGGGACCUUCCUGAACAAGAGCGAUCUCUAUACUUGUCAGCCAUGUACGAAAGAUCAGUGGGCCCCUGCCAGAAGUGAGGCCUGCUUCAGCCGCAACACUGUAUUCCUAAACUGGAGCGACCACGUCUCUCAGGCUCUGCUGACUGCCACCACCUUGUUGCUGUUGCUGAUUGUGGGGACCAUGGCCGUCUUUGUUCAGAAAGCACACACACCUGUUGUGAAGUCAGCCGGGGGCUGGCUGUGUUUUGUCAUGUUGAGUUCUCUGGCCUGUGCCAAUGUCAGCAUUUAUUGCUUCUUCGGGGUCCCGGGCAGGUACACCUGCCUGCUGGGGAUACCGAUGUACGUCAUCAGCUUUAACGUCUGCCUGGCCUGCAUGGCUGCCCGCUCUUUCCAGAUCGUCUUGAUCUUCAAGAUGGCCACCAAGGCUCCAGGCCUGUACGAGGCCUGGAAGAACCAUCACGGAUGCAGCCUGUUCAUCGGAGCCAGCACGAGUCUACAGGCAUUGAUGUUCCUUGUCUACCUGUGUGCUUCCCCACCAUUUCCCUACCAGAAUUACGAUGUGUCCGACAAAGUGAUCAUCCUGCAGUGCAAAGACCCCAGUUCCGUGGUACCUAUUCUCGGACUAACGUUUAACGGUUUGUUGGGUAUCUUCUGCUUUGCCGUCAGCUAUGUGGGCAAAGACCUGCCCAACAGCUACAACGAAGCCAAGUGCAUCACCUUCAGCUUGGUGAUUUACUUCGUCUCCUACAUCUCAUACUUUACCACCGUCAGUGUCUACAGAGGCAAAUACCAGUCAGCCAUCCAUAUCACCUCCCUUCUCACUACCCUCUUUGGGAUCUUCGGAAGCUACUUCGUCCCCAAGAUUUACAUCAUCCUCUUCCGAACAGAGCUCAACACCAAUGAACAUUUCCAGAUGUCUAUCCAGAGCUACACCAAGAGGAAAAAUAAGUCAAAGUGA